AUGCCCCGCAGCGACUUCGACUGGGAUUCCAAUAGUGGUAAAUUCCCUCUCCACUUUGCCGACGAUGAUGCCUUCUCUGUUUGGCGCCGAGACUACCAGCGCGCGCACGGCGUUCAAUUCAAGGGUCAUCAACGCCGCCAAUCAGACUCUCGCGCCGCCACGAAGCCCUUCCUAUGGUCCCAGGACUGGACAUGCACACGAAAAGGCACCGGCGGCACGAAGCAUUACGUCCCAAAGCACAACUUCACACGCAAGGUCGAGAAUCGUCGUACAGGCUGUCCAGCAGCAUUCUACAUCAAGAAGUACCCCGGUCGUGACGACAUCUUAGGGCACUGGCGCGAUGAGUGCCACAACCAUACGACGGGCUUCGAGAACCUGAAGUUCACUGGUGUGGAGAAGGAAGUGCGAGAGCUCAUCGUCGGAUAUCUGCGAAGCGGCGUGUCCAUCAACUACAUCCUUGAUCUUCUUCAUGAGGGCUUCGACGACAGAGGUAUUCUCGAAACACUGCGCACCGACCUCAUCGAAGCGGACUAUAUCCGGCGCAUUCAGAAGAGGCUCGAGUCCGAGUAUGUCCACUUCUCUACCAAUGAUGGCAUAUCAACUUUGGACUGGGUUGCAAAGCUCAAGGCAGACGAUGCCUUUCUUGGCUACAAGGGCGUCAAUGACGAUCCUCCUGAUGGCUCCCACCUCCCCACCAAGGCAUUCUUCCUCGCGAUACAGACACCCUAUCAACGGACUCGUUUCGCUCAGCUUGCUAGCACCCGUCUCGUCUGCAUCGACGGUACCCACAAUACCACAAUGUAUCAAGGGAUGCAGCUGUAUACGCUGAUCUGCCGAGAUGGUCAUGGGAAAGGCGUUCCGACAGCAUGGCUUCUUUCCAAUUCGGGAACAGAGGAGACUCUCUCGCACUUUCUCCGUCUCGUUCGCAAGAAGAACCCCUCCGUCGUACCUAAUAUCUUUAUGUCCGAUCGCGACCUUGCCCAGAUGAAUGCUCUGCACGCGGUUUAUCCCGAAAGCACCAUUCUGUUAUGCUGGUGGCAUGUCCUGCACGCGUGGCAGCAGCACAUCCAAAUCGGGAAGCAUCGCGACGUGUGGGAGCUUCUGAAGGGCUGGAUACGCAUUACGUCGCCCGAUGCGUUUCGCGCGCGGUGGGAGGAGAUCAAGCUCCGCGCGCCGCCGUACUUCGUGACCUACCUUGAACAGAAUUGGCUGGGCCAGAGUACGAAGACUCUGGGGGUCGAUUGGGAAGUUAUGUGGUCAGCUGUGUACAGGCAGGACCGCAGUAUUUUCGAACAAUGCGACACGAACAUGCUUAUUGAGGCGUAUCAUCAUCAGAUCAAAUGGAAGUUCUUGGGUGGGAAGCGCAAUCGUCGGGUUGACGAUUUGUUGUAUACGCUUACUGGUGAUGUUCUGAAAUACUAUGUUCGUCGUGAGCGACGGCAGAUUGCUGGGAUGGAGGGAGAUAGCCUCGAACAGAAAGAGCACAAGAAAAUCGUCGCUCUCAGCAAGGAAGUGACUGCCGCCCACAUUGUUCAUUGCGCAGGCUCGGUGUACACGGUUCGUUCGCUUACGACGGCGGGCGUGAAUUACCGCGUCAAUCUCACAGCCGCAACCUGCACCUGUCCCUCCUUCCCCGCCGUACGACUUUGCAAGCACCUCUAUGCUUUGCAAAGCCUCGUCCAAGAUUUCGAAGUCAUUGGCGACGGCGCGACACUUGACAUGGACGGCAGCGAGGACGGCAGCGAGGACGAGAACACGCCGUCGCGCGACUCAAGUCCGGCCGGCGAACCCCCGGCUACAUAUGCCUCUGGGAACGCCGAUCCUGUACUCGCGUCAACAUCUUUGGCGAAGGCAGAUAUUCUGCUUACUCUCGACCGCCUCUCCGCUGCUCUCCGCGCCUCCACCGACCCGCUACCCGACAGUGUCGAGGAUCUCACCGUCCGCGCGCUGGCGGCGCGGUAUGCUCACGUCGAAAUUCUUCCUGCGAGGAAGAAGAUCGGACCGAACACGGGCACCGCUGCGGACUUCUCGCGCGCGUUCAACAUGCCGAAGGUGAAAGGCUCGCGAUCUAUCCCGAAUCCCGACCGCGAUGAGGCAUACGGCGGUGGCGCGGCCAGUGGGCAGAAGCGGAAAUCUGCAGAGCAAGCUCACCGGACUACUGAGAACAAGCGUAUUCGCGACGAGACUCAUAUUGUUUCGUCAUGCUCGCUCGAUCCUUCCCCGCCCUUAUCACUGCCCUCCCUCCCUCCUAGCGAUACACCCUCUGUCACCUGCAAUCCUGCCAUCCCGGGGCCAACACCGUCUACUAAUUCCCUCGGUAUUGCCUCGCCACCAUCACAUCCUAACCCCUCAGACCCAACUGCCACCCAGUACCCUCAUCCCCAACAAGUACCCCAUGCCUACUCUGCCCCAUAUUAUACACAACCUACUAGCUCAUCUACUUGCUGGCCUCCUACCGACUACUAUAAUCCUUACAACUCCCUUCCUGUGCAGUACCCCUGGCCUUACGCUUAA